CUCCCCAACGGUGCAACGAUUGCCCCUGUCAUCAUCUCCUCAGACAACACUACUCUCUCGCAGAUGAGUGGCAAUAAGUCAGGCUGGCCAGUCUACCUAUCAAUAGGGAAUAUCGACAACGAUGAGCGGUGCCAACCUAGCUCCCAUGUCACCGUUCUCCUCGGCUAUCUGCCCACCAACAAACUGGGGUGCUUC